CGCUGGAUUUGUUUAAGUAGGAGAGAUGGGGACGCGGUCCUCACCGUGGAUUCUGACUUCGACAUCAUCCACACGGUGCACACUCCAUACCGCAACUAAAUCAGAAGUCUGAACUACUCAUCUGCCAUCAUUUUCUCCUUUUAGUUUUUCUUUACAUACAAUUUCCCACCGGGAUGGUAUCAGAGCAUCACCAGGACUGACCGGACUCCUAAAGUGCGCACAGAGCGGCUGACAGAGAGAAAGAACAAGAGGUGAAAAGGAAAAGAGAGAGUACUGGUAACGUUUAGACGGGGGAUUAUGGCGGUGGCUGCGCUCGCGCUCUUUCUCCUCGCGCUCACCUGUGCGAACUUGUUCCUGGCGCGCGCGAGCAGGCACGCGGUGCACUGGAACAGCUCCAACAUCCUUUUACGUAGAGAGGGCUAUACGUUGAAGGUAAACGUGAAUGAUUACUUGGACAUCUACUGUCCUCACUACAAUGUGAGUCAGCGGGGUGUGACCGAGCAGUACGUGCUCUACAUGGUGAGCUACCGAGGCUACCGUACGUGCGAGCCACAGCUCGGCUUCAAGCGCUGGGAGUGUAACCGGCCGCACGCACCACACGCUCCAAUCAAAUUCUCGGAAAAGUUUCAACGCUACAGCGCCUUCUCGCUCGGCUACGAGUUCCACGUAGGCCAUGAGUACUACUACAUCUCCACGCCUACUCAUCACCAUGGCCGCAGCUGCCUGAGACUGAGGGUGUACGUCUGCUGUUCAACAGCAGAUGAUGCAGAUGAUGAUGAUGAGAUGGAGCCCACAGAGCCAGACUACACUCUGAGACCUAACAUGAAAAUCGAUGACUUUGAUGAUUAUGACAACCCUGAGAUUCCAAAGCUGGAGAAGAGCAUCAGUGGGAGCAGUCCGACACGGGACCGGCUUUUACUCACUGUGGCGGCGCUUUUCCUCGUCGCGCUGUCCGUCUCCUAGCACUCGUAUGAUGGAACUCACUAGCAAGGCUUGUGAAAAGUCAUCGGGCAGGACAGGAGAUGGGGAAGAACUUAAAUAUCAAGACAAUACAGGAAAAGAUUUCCACAGGAUUCCGUCAGGAUUUCCACAGUGGUGUGGUUGCUACUGCCUUUAUUUGCAGUGGAACAGUGGGUCGUGAAUGUCAGCUUGGGCCAUAGCUUCAGGAACUGUGUGUGUGUGUGUAUGUGUGUGUAAAAUGGGAAUAAGUGUUCACACACAUGCUGAUUGCACAUCACGCUAUAUGUAAGGCCCCCCCCCUUCAAUCUGAUUAGCUUAAUAAACUAUUACCAAUAAUUCAUUUAAUCUGAUUGUAGCAGGAGGUAUUGGUACCACAGAGCACCAUAAA